ACACACACACACAGCUCUUGCUUGCCUCAUCAGCAGCAGAGUGGGCCGACUCGCUGCUGCAUCUCUCUCUCUCUCUCUCUCUCUCUCUCUCUCUCUCUGUCUCUCUCUCUCCCCACAUUCAGCUGCAUCUGGAGCCUGCAGAGUGGUGAGCAGGACAGGGGCCGGUGCUUGCAGGCAGCAUGUUUAGUGCCACGCCACAACAUCCACAAGAGCCAGAAAAAAAAGCUUGAGAUCACUACCAACCAACAGCAGAGAACCGAUAAACCACAAAGGGAAAACGAAAAACACACAGCCGGAGCUGGAGGAGGAGACAACAGUGGAAAAGGAGAAAUGACAGAACAACACUAGAAAGGAUGAGAACCCUGACCAUGCCUGCCUGCUCUGCCUCUCUGCUCUGCCUGCUUCUAUUGCUGCUCUGUGGGCUCCUCGGAGGUUGGGUGCUGUCCAUCUGCCCCUCUGUGUGCUCCUGCAGCCGGGGACACCGUGUGGUGGACUGCUCCUCACGAGGCCUAACCAAGCUACCCCCUGGUCUGCAGCACAACAUCCGCUUUCUCAACCUCUCUUUUAAUAGCUUGCAGGGUCUGGACAGCCAGCUCAGCCAUUAUGCCCACCUACGGACCCUGGACUUGUCCUACAACCGCCUGGAGAGCCUGCCCCCUGCCUUGCCACGGUCUCUGUGGGACAUUCGAGUGGCGGGGAACCAUCUACGCUCGUUGGACAAAAAUGACACAGCUUACCACUGGAACCUGAAAGUACUAGACCUGUCGGACAACGAGCUGGAGAGAGUGGUCUUCAUCAACAACACACUGCCCAGUCUCCAAGCUCUCAACCUCAGCCACAACAGGUUUUGGACUGUGCCCACAAACAUGCCACACAACUUGGAGAGCAUCGAUUUAUCACAUAACUAUCUAACACAGAUCCUGCCUGGUUCUUUGGAUCGGCUGCCAAGGCUGACUCAGUUCUAUUUGCAUGCUAACCGCUUCUCCUGGUUACCUGAAGGGAUCUUUGAUAAGCUGAAGAUGCUGGAGGUGAUGACUCUUGGGGAUAACCCCUGGGCUUGUGAAGAAGAAGAAAACAUAACACGGCUCCUUAGAUGGGCUGAGCAGACCCGUGCAACUGUCUUAGGCUGCCCUUGUUAUACAAGACCCAUCUGUGGGCAAAACCAUCUGGCAACACCGGGGAGGGAGUGGCACUCUGCACUAUUCACAGAACCACCACUGUGGGUUAAUAGCAGAGGUGAAGGGCAUGAUGUUCAAUCACCAGCAAGGACUGCAGAGGUCACGUCUAGUUACCAGGUAAAAUCUGCACUUUUCGAGACAGGAAUAUAUCAGGAUAAAAGAGGAGUGAAUGAAUCCGAGGACCACAUGGUAUUUGUCUGGACAUCUUCCACAACUUUUGAUAGUUUCUCCACACACACAAGCACAACCAAAAGCCCGUGGUCCUCAACCAAGAAGCCCAAAGUAGCUAAUUCACGGAAUAACGGUCAGGGACUCGUCUUUGAGACUCAUCAAACCGUCAGCCUGACUGUUUUAUUUGUGACGACAGCAUUCAACACUUUCUGAACCACCUUGACUGGAUCCAGAAUACACUACUUACUGUAUUAUUUUGGACACUGAAUAUAUGACCAACUAACUCCACUUAACGCCUCCAUUUUCAUUUCCCCUGUAAAAACUGUUGCGACUUCACUAUCAUCUUUCAACUAGCUCAACAUGUCUCUCACAAUCCUAUACACAAAUAUGAACUGUAUAAACCUACAACACAGAAACUCAAAAUAUCUAAUUAUGUGGAGUGCUAAUAUCAAUGCCCAACUCUCAGUAUAAUGGCUUGCACAUUGACAGACUGCUAUGUUCUCUGCGCUUCUCUUCAUAAUGGUGAUGCUUGUGCUACUGAGGAUUGACAAUAUACAUUACAUAACAUUCCAUAGCCCCCAGUGGCACACCUGGCUUCCUCUUAGUGUUUUCCCACCACCUGUGGUUCUUGAACUGGUUUGGUUCAAGAUUCUUGGAACCUUGGUGCUAUGUAGUGAACCAGCCCGCGUUUCCACCAAUUUUGAGCUGAACCAUUGUAAUCAAGGAUGCAUCAUCAACAGAGGGAGAAUAUGACAUGCCCAUUUUGGUUCCCAAGGAAAACCUGCUACUUUUGGGUUCUGAACAAAUAUAUUUUUGGUUGUAAUGAUCCUAAUGGUUCAAAACUAGGUGCACAAACCAGAAUGGAGCCAGUUCAGAUCAGUCUCGGAGUAUUCAGGUCCACAGACUUUAGUGUCAUUUCUCAUCAUUUACAUACACUGAAACUAUUUUUUUUCUAAUGUAUUUUACCAAUCCUGUACAUUAAGAGCCAUGGGAAGCUGUGGGCAGCCAGGCAACAAUUCUGACACAUGGACACAGCCGGGGGAACCAUGAACCACCAACCCUGCGUUUAGAAGACUACCUACUGAGAUACGGGCACCAUAGCGGUGAGGAGCCUAAAAAUGUCUAUACAACAAAAUAGAAAAAAAGUUACCAAUAAAGGGCUAAUUUAAUGAAAGGAUUAAAAGAAAAAAGAAAUUCAUAGUAUAGUUAUAGUUGUUCCUGUCUGCAGUGGAAACAAUAGGUAAUAGUAUGAAUUACAUGAUAUCAAAUAGUCUUUGAUGCAACAAAAUAAACUUCAAGAAGAAAAACCAAAGCACAAGUAUCUAACAAUCACACUGAAAAGACAGAGUUGGACGGCCCAUCAAAAUUUCAACAAAGACAAGAACUGUUUUGUAUUCCUGGCAAAGAUACUUAAAAGUUAUUAUUAGAUCAAAUUAUUUCAUUUUCUGUCAUAUAAAGUUGUGACUGUGUUUUGUAAUGUUGGUGCUGCUUUAUUAUACUAUAAAGCAAUUAAACAGUCCACUCGAAGGAGGGCUUACAAUAUAUUCAUCAUUCCAGUAUCCUAACUGACAAAUCAUCAAGAUCCUGCAAGGCUCCUGGCUUAACUAUCAGUUGCAGUGACUACUACACUGGACAGCAGGAAAGGAAGUGACCUGGUCUGGAUUAGGAGUUGUAUGAAAGACCUUAGAUGCACCCGCCUAAAAAAAGUAGGAAAAAAAAAGAAAAGACGGCAGGGCUGUUCAUAGCCUACCUUGUACCUUUUACACAUUUAGGUUGACAGGUAAGCAAGACUAUGUUUGUAAAACCUCUUCUUGGGGUGCUUCUUCUCUGAUGAAUCAAAUAAUCGUCCGUUAUAAUAGGUGGCAACCUUGGGACAAACAUGGAGUUUGGAGUUUUCCCUCAAAACACAAAAAGAGAGGCAGCGGGAAGUCAGUGGUGGACAUUAUGAAUGCUGAGUUAAAAGCAUGUCUAGAUCUGUCAGCAUGGUGAAAAUAAGCCUUAAAUUAGGAAUUUGAAUGGCCACAUGGAACUAUUCUACUGUUUCAAAUCAUCCUGCAGAAUUCAAGAUAGAAUGCUGACAUAGCUGAGAUCCAGUUUAACAUUAAUGCAAUUUGACUGAUUAGUAAUUGAUUAGUAAGUAAUAAUAAAAAUAUCCAAAACUGAAUACUGACAGAACAAAGGUGCACAGUAAAUACCCAAACAGAAAACAAUACAAGAACUAACAUUUGUGGUAAUUAACACAAGACCAAUACAUUUCCCUGCUUUGUUUAGUGGGAAUUUUAGCCAUUACACUGGGCUGUCAGUGCUUCUGCUUUGGUACAGGGCUAGAUUUAUGAAUAAGCAGAGUUGACACCGAGGGUAUGGGAUGUAGCACAGCAGUAAUUCUCACAUCAAUCUGAAGGUUGUUAUCUGCUUGAAACGGAAACUGUUGGGUGGUUAUUGCAACCACUGUUGAUAGGUGUGUCAACAUCCUGGAAAUUUCAUAUACUGUGCUACAGGGUAUGAUUCACCACAGCGUAUAACAGAGUUAUACAGAUCACAAAACUGGUACAGCUAGCAAAGGUUAAUCAAACAGACACAUGCAGUAGUUUCUUUCUGCAAUGAUAAAGAAAAAAAAAAAACAUUAGCACAAGUGUAUGAUGUGAUGCAAUGUGUUUUUUGUUGAAACUACAAAUAUACAAUGAAGAUCCCAACUCAAGGUCCACCAGACAGCUUUUACAGUUCAACACAGCUAAGGUGACAAGCAGCUGACAUCUACUGACAUCAACAGAUGUAUGCGUCUCCUUGCUGAUGAAGACUGUGUGAUAUGUUUGAAAGUAGAGAUGGAUCAUUAUCUAGGCAUAUUUUAAUGGACUAGUUUGCUAAAACACAGCAGAGUGUCUUUUACUGCACUCUAUUGUCUGCCACUGUCACACUUUCAGCUCUAUUUCCUUUCCCUGUGUUCUUUCCAAUAAAGCAUGUCUAACAAGAA